GCAUCCUUGGCGCAGCUAGAGGCACAGUGAACUUCACUUUUAAAUUAAUUAGUAUAAAUUAAUCUGCGUCUGAUUUUAUAUUCGAUUUAGUGAUUAGGGACUUCUUAAGUUUACGUAUAUUACCAUAUCAUUUUUGUCAUUUAAAAUUCUUAAAAAUUUGAUACAUUGUCUACUUAACAUUCCUAAGGAAUAUAAUCAUUAUAUAGGUGCAAGCAUGGUAUCAAACAAAUACAAGGAGUGGACAUUAAAAAAAGGGCUUUGAACCUCAGCUUGUACUACAAUAUAGGCAGUAUUCUAAAAUAAGUGUAAAAGAUUAAUAAUAGUAGGAAACAUUUCGUUAGGAAUAAUACAUUGUAUGCAACCAUUCUCGGUUGUGCUUCGCUUUAAAGCGCUAAUUUAUUAAAAAAGUGAAACGAUAGUUUUGCAUCAGAGAACAAUGGAGUUAGAUUUCAGAAGCAUGAGCCGGUUGCCGCUGAAAGAUCUUGCUUUAAGAAAAGUUGCUGCCCUUCUAUGUAGUCAUCCUACCAUGCAUGCGCAUGCUGCUGUAGUAGCAUUGCAGCUGAAUAGAGACGCAGAGGUAGAUGCACUAUGCGAAUUUUUCAAAAAUGCAGUAACUACACUUUCGUUGCCGGCAACAAUUAGUGAGGAUUUGGUUAUUGUAAUGCAGUCUGUUUUUAAAGAAAUAUUAAAAUGGUUGGUCGUCAACAGAGAGAUUUUAGAACCGGAUGAAUUGAAUUUGGACAAUCCAGAGAAUCUAAAGCACAUACAUUGGACACCUCUGGGAACUGUGGAAUUUCGGGAAACUGCUGCAGCACUGGUCCGCCACGGAAAGUUGUCCAUAAUGCAGCGCUACAAGUUGGCUUGCCUCUACUGCCUGGAGGACGACGUUCGAGACCUUUGGCGAAUGAUACCUCCACGGCGUAAAGGGAGUUUCUAUGACAACUCAAAGGCCUGGAAGGUCGGGCUGAGAAAAAUGGUUGUUAUUUGGACUUACACCAUAAAAAGACAAACGAAUGAUGUCGGUAGUAUCCUCGAGUUUAUUCAAGAAAGAGGCCACUUCUCCUUCAACCAGUUGGCCUUUGAAAGCGCUGCUGUCCAAGGUUAUUUCCCAGCAACUCAGUAUUUCUUUGAAAAGUUAACUUUCGCAGAAAGAGAAGAAUCAUUGUUGAGAACCGCCCGCGACGUUAUUCAGCAACGCGUUGCCACUGAGUGGUGUCCCUACCACGAAGCCCUGGGACUUAGCGAUGUUCUGUGUUUCUUGUUCUCUGUGAUGCCUGCAGAUCAAGUGAAGGAAGUGCUUAAAGAAAAACCCUGCAAGACAUUGCAGUGCUUUUUUUAUUGGCCAAGGCAAGAUCUCUCUGGCAGAGUUGCAGAAUGGGCGUUACCUCAUGCUGAAGAACGCGAUUUCGGUGGGCUGCUUUUCGUUCUGGCUCGAAGACAUUCUUUUAUAUAUAAUUUUGAGAAAGUGUUUCGGGAUAUAUUUCGGGUCACUCCCAGUAAUCUCAGAAAUUAUAUUGCGUCGAUGUUUCAACUUUAUGUGCAAGAUCUUUUGAAUUUCGAAGAUACCAUAACCAUCAAAUUCCUUCUCAGAACUCUGAACGCCUCUGAGUUAAACCAACUCGUCUCUGGCGAUGUAGCUGAGCUUCGUUGCCAUAAAACAAAGGAUGAUAAAUGGGAUUUUUUUGCUCGUUUCGUUAACGAUGCCAGAUUGUCCCGCGAAGAGAAAAUGAAAUUCGCAUCCUUUUUUAUUUCACAUUUUGAUUCAUUAAUGGAUCUGGAAUCACGUCAACGUUUCCUAAAGUUUGUGGAGGACCUCGUUCCAGUUGUUUCAGAACGCAAUCAAGUAGAUGAAUCUCACUCAGCCGAAGAGUCUGAUGAGGCACUAAAAAAAAGGCUUGUCAAGAAGCGCAAGAGAACCAGAAGAGGACGAUCGAAGCGCCACUAAUAUGAGAUGCUUUUUUUUUUUUUUUUCAUUCUGAUUAAGAGGUGCUUGCAUAGAGCUCUGCAGAAGUGCAACUCUCCCAACUUUUUUUUAAAAAGUUUAUAAGUUACUUAUUUAAUUUUGCUCCUGUGCUGUAAUCAAAUGCAUUUGUUUCUUAUUUAUACAGUUUACGUUAGGAAGAUAUUUUCGAAAGUACAUUACGGCGCUGUUAGGAAACAGAAUUUUAAAUUGUUUUCUACUUGUCAAAAAUAUAUAUUUUUUUUAAUUCUAAAGUCUGAAAAUAAAAGAAAGUAAGGACAAUUCAUCUUAAUUAAAGCAUAUGUAGAUUUAUAUUUAUAUUAUAAUAAAAUAUAUAUAAAAUUUAUAUUAUAUAUAUUUUUGCUGAAGUUUUCGUGCUUUUUUUUUUUAUUGUUCAACUGUGUCUUUGUUAAUUUUUAUAAACUAGAUUGCACUACAGGAAAUAUAAUUGUUAUUAAUGUUUUUUAAAAUGAUGUUAAAAGAAACCUUUAUUAUUUAAAAAUGCUGCAAAUUAUCGGGAUUUUCAAUUUUUUUGAUAUAUGAUUGUCAUUUUGCUGUAAGGUAAUUUUAAAAUUCGAUUCAAAGACAGUUUAUUUAUUUAUUUUUCAGUAAGUUACAUAUAUAAAUAUUUUGUCUUGUAAAUUAUAUUCUUGCUGUGUGAUAUUGCAAAACGAAACAGGACAGUGCAGUUAUUUAAAUGUUUUGCAAUACUUUGCUGUUUAAAGGAGCAAUUUUUUAAAAUUCUAGAUCUUUUCCUAAUGUCUUUUAACUUGGCAUUAUCAUUUUGUUUAGUAAAACGUAUGAAUGAAUAUUUUGUAUUGUGUAAAUUGUAUCUGUGGUAUAUGAUACUGAAAAAUAAAACUGGACUGUGUGCUUUUAUAAAUGUUAUGCGAUACUUUGUCCUUUAUGGGACAAUUUUUAAUAGCUUGACAUUGUUCCUAUCAACUUCUAAAAUAUUACUGAAUAAAAAAGAAAAAAAAUUCUGCCAUUAAAACUGUUCUAUGCCUCAGAUUAUCAAGAUAUGUAAUCAACUGGCUUAAAAAUUCUGAUUUUUAGUGAAGUAAAUUUAAAAUUGUUCAAAAAUGUAUUCAUUUUUUUUUUAUUUAUUUAUUUUUAUUUUUUUUAUCCAGCAAGUUGCAUGUGUGAAUAUUUUGUAAGUUGUGUUUUUGCUGUUCGAUAUCGCAAAACAAAACUGAACAGUGAAAUUUUAUAAAUGUUUUAUUCUAUAAAGGAAUAAUUUCUUAGAUCCUUAAUUGUGACAAAAAGGAUAAAAGACUUCAUCUUUAUUGGAAACCAAAAAAAGGAGCGUAGAAGUGUUUGGGUUUUCCUAAAAAGUUUCACUGAUAUUUAUCCCCCCCCAAAUAAUAAUAAUAAUCUAUUGGCAACACUUUUUUAUUUUAAUUCUUUGUGAGUGUUUGUAAACAUUAAAUAGUGAAGUCAUUUUAUUCGUAUAAAUGUGUUUCUAACAAAAGUUGCUGUGUGAUGCAUGUUUGUGUGUUAGAUGUAGGCAAAUCUUGUUUGUAAAA